AUGACGAUCAAUUAUCUCCGGCUUGGCACGGCACGCCAGAGGCGCGUUAAGGAUUUCGGCGCCUUGGCCGCUGGCUUGGCCCGUCCUCUAGCGACCCAAAAAGUAAUCAAUGCCGACCAACGACCAUUGGACGCCGGUAUCGCCGAAUCUUCCGCCGCCUGCCUCUCGGAUCUAGCACAACUGCGGCCUCAUCCCGUCUCGUCCCUCGCAGCCUGCAGGAUGUCUAGCACCAUCCUUUCACCCAGCGUAGCGCAGAGAACGUUCCGAGCCCCGACCGCCGUCGUAUUACGUGCUAUGACCCUCUGGCCCAUUGUCUUCCCGCCAGAAACAGGAGACCGGGAUAUGACGGGUCGUUACUGUAGCGAAGAUGCCACCCCGGACCCCGGAUCCAAUCGCUGCGUUGCUUUUGUAAAAGGAUUUGACUUAAGUGCGCCACGCAGACGCAACAUGGGCCGCUUCGGUGGCGCAGUCGAGGAUCGAGGGCCAGUCCUAGAGCCAUCAAGCUUCAAUUGCGGCUGCCUAGAAUCACAGUGGAGUUGCCCCUGCCAAAUGGAAAUGAUCGAGAUCAGUCUCGAGAUAAGCACACAGUCACUUGGUACUAAGGUCACUAGUUGGCAACCUUGGUCUGAACCGAAUAGGUUUAACCUCCGUCACCAGACCAGCUUCGGGACCCAGCAUGAUGAUUUCUAG